GAUGACCAGCCCUGCCAAGCCGCAUCUGCAGAUCACGACCCCAGCGCCAUGAACGCGGAGGAAAAAGCGUAUCAUGAGCGCUUCAUGCGCGACGCCAUAAACAUGGCCGAGCUUGCGCUGAAGAGCGACGAGACGCCAGUGGGCUGCGUCUUUGUGAAGGAUGGCGAAAUCAUCGGACGGGGCAUGAACGAGACGAACCGCACACUGAAUGGCACGAGACACGCCGAGUUUGUUGCACUGGCGAGUAUUCUGUCGACGAAUCCGAUUACCGUGCUGAAGGAGACGGAUCUCUAUGUUACGGUCGAGCCGUGUGUUAUGUGCGCCAGCAUGUUGCGGCAGUAUGGGAUUCGGGCCGUGUACUUUGGGUGCUGGAACGAGCGCUUUGGGGGCACUGGAGGGGUGCUAAACAUCCAUUCGGACCCCAGCGUCGACAAGCCAUAUCCCGUCCACGGCGGCAUCUUCAGAGAAGAGGCUAUCAUGUUGCUACGAAAGUUCUACGUCCAGGAGAAUGAGAAAGCACCCGAGCCGAAGCAGAAGAAGACGCGGGAGCUGAAGACGGAGAUUCUUCCCAUGGACAUCCACGCACCGAAAACGCCGUCUCCCAACCCUACUUGA